GAAUAUCAUGUAUGUACUUCGAAUGGUGUUGCUGCUGGGGCUGCUGCUAUGUCUGGGGGCACAGCUGUCCAAUGCUCAGCACUGGUCCCAUGGUUGGUACCCUGGAGGCAAGAGAGAGCUGGAUUCAUUCGCAAACUCAGAGAUUUCCGAGGAGAUUAAGCUGUGUGAGGCAGGGGAAUGCAGCUACCUGAGACCCCAGCGAAGGAGCAUUCUGAGGAACAUUUUCUUGGAUGCCGUGGCUAGAGAGUUCCAGAAGAGGAAGUGA